CUGCGCGAAUUAAAUAGUGCCGAUAUCUUCAUUGUUUAUGUUGACUGAGCUUCCACGUAGUCGACGGAUGACGAUUUUGAUAUUCAAUUUUUCUAAUUUUCAGCCAAAUUGAACUGCAAGUAUUUAUUGUACGCAUUUCAAAACCUUAUCCUUGGAUUGAGUAAGAGGAAAAUGCGAAACAUGUCUCAAGGAAAUCAAUGGGAAGAUUUGAGGAAGAGAGCCAGGCAGCUGGAGAAUGAAAUAGACCUUAAAUUGGUAUCAUUCAGUAAACUUGGGACCAGCUUUAGUGCUAUCAGAUCCAGCGAUUUAGACAGCACUUCAGAUACUGCUCCUCUCCUAAAUGCAUCCAACAGCGAGCAUAUGUUUCACACAAUGGCUAUGGAAAUUGAACAAUUAUUGAAUAAGUUAUCAGAUGUGAAUGAUAGAAUGGCUGAUUAUGCUGGUAGUGUUUCAGUGGCAUCUCCUAGUGCUGCUUUACUACACACCCUUCAAAGACACAGAGACAUCCUCAAAGACUACACUCAUGAGUUUCACAAGACCAAGGCUAACAUUGAGGCCUGCAGGGAGCGGGAGGAGCUCAUGGGUUCUGUGCAGAGGGAGAUUGAUAGCUAUAAGAGCUCUUCCGGACUCAAUAGGAGAACAGAUCUCUACCUCAAGGAGAAUGAACAUAUACGAAAUUCAGAAAGAAUUGCAGAUGAAACAAUAAGUGUCGCCAUGGCAACCAAGGAAAAUUUGAGUGCUCAGAAAUCAACGCUGAAGAAGAUCUCUAGUGGCAUGAAUUCCAUGGCCAAUCGGUUUCCCGUGUUAAACAGCCUGAUCCAGAGAAUAAACCUGCGAAAGAGGAGAGAUUCUCUGAUUUUAGGAGGGGUUAUUGCUGUGUGUGUCGUUCUGUUACUUUGGUAUGCCUUCCGGUAGAAAAAACCUAAACAUUAGAUGAACUUUGUGGAGGAGGUAUUGUGAUUCGUCAGAAGAGAUGCAUAUGAUUGAUCAUUGUUGUAGGAGGAGAGCAUUAUAUUGGACUAUCAUUGCAUAGAGAUUAAUGUAUUGCUCUGAGAUUCUGAUUGAUCUCUUAAUUGUAAUUCAGAAGAUGGAUAGAUGGAAGCAUGCAGAUGGUGUUUAAUGUCAGCUGAACAUGACUUAGGCCAGCAAGUGACUACAUCAUGUAAAACAGAGUUGUUCGUUCCACUGGAGUGCAGAUCUUUUAUUAUUGCUAAUAGUCCUGUGAUUUUUAUGCAGUCAAACAGGAUUAUUGCACUGUUCCUUUUAGGGACAUGGGUCAUUCUGCCAUAGAUCUAAUAAUAAGAAAAAAUGUAUUUGUGAGAAAAAAUGCAUUUGUGACCAAGUAGUGCAGCAAAGUCUAUGUUGUCAUUGUGAAAUAUGUAAGAAUUUUACUUGAAAAUCUUGUGUGGACAAAGAGCAUCAUUAAUUGACAGUGGUUCUUGGGCCUGAUACAACUCUAUGCUGUUUAAUGAUGUGAUGUUAUGCCUUUAUGAGCUGCAUUGCUGUUCAGAUCGAUGGAAAUUUGUAAACUAAAUAUAUUCAAUACCAUGCAUACAAAUGAUAAGGGACAAGGGGUCACUCUCAUACAGGAUGCUCAUAUAUCGGUUUCCCUUUUCUAUAUUUGUGAUUGGUGCAUCUAGCAAUAUUAUUAGUACGAGGAAUCCUGCAUUUGUGGGACUUCUAACUUAAUUUGACCCCUUAAGUUUGAUUUAAGAAAGAAAGGUUUUUGUACAUAUUACCCAUAAUCAGAUUACAUUGCCAUAAAAAGUAGAGCUCAGAACAUGCUGAUGCUUCUUGACUAGUUGAAAAUGGUUCAGACUCAUUGAUCAGUUUUGAAAAGAAUAUUUCAUGAAGAAUAAUGUAUUAUUUAUGAUGUUAAAUAUUUAAUGCAAUAGCUUUCCAAGGUGUUAAAACGUAAGCUGUAUUUGAUUGAAUAACACUUUAAAAAGUGAUUUGCUCCAAAGACAAAUGAUGAUGUAAUUUAAGUAAAGAGUUAAAAUUUUGGCUUCAGCGGCUCAGCGCAACUCAUGAUAUUCAUUGAAGAGCAAUUGCACAUUUAAGAAUAAUAAACCCUUUGUGCAAAAGGAUAAACAAUUAAACAUUCCAGUUAGAGUAUGUGCACUUAAAGUCUUGGGUUUGCACUGGCAUAGCAAAACUAAUUGAUGCACAUUCAUAAACAUACAAGUGGGGUGGUUUUGUGUGAUUGCCAAAAUCUGACUAAAAGUGUAAUUGGUUAGUUGUGACAUAUCUUAUCUUUAGAAAACUUUGAGAUCUUGUUAGAGCAUGGCCUCCUUUGGGGAAUAAAAAGUAGUAUUCUCUGCUCAAGGAUUUUUUUUUUGUUCAUGGCAACCCUGUGAAAACAUUUUGAAUUAUGUGCCUGCUACUUAUACUUCUUAAUGAAAGUAAGGCUAUAAAAAAAUUAGCUGAUGUAAUGAAAAUAGUAAUUCAAAUGGUUUCUUAUUGGGGCUAUGUGUGGAAUUAUAAUACAUUAAUGUUUAAUACCACCUAAGAAUAGAAACCAUAUCAACAAUUUCAUGUAUCUAUUUUGUCUUUUCACUUUGUUUUUACUCCAUGUAUUGUUUUGUUACUCUGAAAUAAAUGUUGUGACAUUUGACAAUAGCAGCUUGGCAUAUUAACAAUUACUGCAGUGCAGUUAAGUACCCUGUUUCAUAACUAUCAGUGAGAGUAAGAUACUGACAUAGUGUCAUUUCAUUAUUUUAUUAGUUUAACCUAAAUAGAAUGUCUCAUCAAAAAAAUAUUUUCUACAGUUUUAGCGUAAACCAGGUUGUACAUUUUUGGCUGUUCUCUGGCUGGAGGGGUGGUGAAUCAACCCCUUUCCCUUGAGAUCUGAGUCAUAAAAAUAGAUGUAAUCUACUGCAUAUUUUGUUUUCCCAACAUAAUUAUUUUGUCUUUGAAUUAAUUAAUUCUAAUUUAUGCAUAAAUCAUAGGCUACUCUUUACUCUUCUUAUUUGAUCUUACAUACAGUUCUUUUAUGUGAUAAAGACAUUAGCUUGCCAUAUUCCAGCUGCUUGUAAGAUUGUACAUAGAGUAUGAGCUGUUUUUUUUUUAAAGGAACCCCAGAACAACUAUUGAUGUGAUAUUAUGUAUUGCUUUGUGAUAGAUUUAAUGUUCCCCCUAAAGUGGAAUAUUGGAUGUUGAAUCCAAGAGUGACUGACUUUUCAGGACUUAGAGGUUACUGUUGAGCUCAGAUGCAGGAAUUUUUAAUUCAUCAUGACAACCUAGAAAAACGCAUUGCACAUUGUACUACUUCCUCUGUUUUAGACCAUUGCUCAUAAAAUGUGGCACAAACAUUGGUCUUGGGGUAAAAUC